UCAAGACCCCCCAGCCGCUCCUCCAACCAGCCAGAGCAUCUCAGAGACGGGCACCAAAAACACACACAUACCCCCACCCGGCCCUUGGCCAGUCACGCCAGUCCUUAAUUCCCCUCCUUGGUGCCAACCGGCGCCUUGGUUCUUGGCUGCACAGGAGAGGGUGUGGACUGGCCCCACGCGUGGCAGAGCAAACAUCAAUCCCGCCACUGGAGAUCCCGACAGGCGCACUGUGUCUGGCUCCCGCUUCCCAUAGUCACAUGCAGAAUGGGCAGUCAAGAGCCAGGACUCCUGGGUUCCAUCCCCAGCUCUGAGAGGGGAGGGGGGAUCUAGCGGUCAGAGUGGGGGGCUGGGAGUCAGGACUCCUGGGUUCCACCCCUGGCUCGGCUGAUAACUCUGCCUUGGGGGUAUCCCCACACCGUGCCCCAGGAGGCUGACCCGCUGACAGGCCUUUGAGAGCCUGGGCUGGCAGGGGCGCCAGUUUCGUAAGCACAGCCCCGACCUUCGCCCCUUGGGGACAUGUGCACCCGGCUCAGCGCCCUGGUGCCCGGAGAGCAUUAACCCUUCAGUGCCUGUUUUUCUCCUCCCCCCCAGGUGCUGCAGGCCACCUCAUGGCAGCACCCCAGCGGUGAUGACGGUGCUGGGCCCCGGCUGGGCUGGGCUGGCGGCACGCACACGGCGGCCAGCCGCUCUCCCCCUCGCUGAGAUGCUGUCCGGGCGGUGGCGGCUGGAAGGCCGGUCCUGGCGCCGGGCCGGCUCCUCCUCGGCCGUGGCGCUGCGAGCCCUCUACGACUACCAGUACGAGGCGGAGGACGGGCGCCAGGUGGCCAUCGCAGAGGGCGAGCGCUUCCUGCUGCUGCACAAGUCCAACGAGGACUGGUGGCAGGUGCGGCGGCUCAGCGAUCCCCGGAGGGCGCGGCCCAUCUUCGUGCCGGCCACCUACGUGGCGGAGGUGGGCCCUGGCGUGGAGGGUGGCCCGUGGCUGAGCGCCACGCUGCUCGCAGCCGCUGGCACCGGGCAGCACCCGUCCCCGGGCCUGCAGCCGCGGUACCGAUCUCUCCAGGACCUGUCCAGCCUCCCAGCCCGGCCUGCCCAGCCUGGCCACCACUCCUGCCACAGCCUGAGCCUGCCGGCCUGGGAACCCGGCCCCCAGCUUGGCCCGGGCCACCCCGUCAGCAGGAGCGUCAGUGCCUCUGGCCUGGCCCAGAGCCCCAGCAGGGACGCGCCUGCCCCCAGAUGCCAGCAGGAGAGGUGCCCGGAGCCGGUGGGGCAGGGGGUCAGCCCCCCUGGAGUUCCGCCCCCUGGAGCCACCAUGGAGGAGCCCCCGAUUUACUGCAACCUGGAGGAGAUAAAGCGGGUGAGGGGGGAGCCCCCCAACCCCAGCGGCCCCCCACUGCAGGUGCUGGACACCUGGGAGCGCCACCUCGACCCCAGCACCAGCCGUAGCUACUUCUACAACCCGGAGACAGGCGACAAGUCUUGGAAACCUCCACGGCGCCACCGGGAGAUGAGUUUGGUCCCCGUGGAGGCCCUGAGCCCCGAGCCCCCGGCAGCCGCUGACCCGGGGGAGACGCUGGCGCAGGGCGGGGGCAGCGUCCGGGCCACCCGGCUCGGCUACACCAAAUCCAUGAUCUUGCCGGAGUCCCGCGUGCCCAAGGUGUCUCACCGCAGGAAUCGCUCCCAGCACAACUUUGAGGACUGGUUGGGGACCGGUCCCCCCUCCACCUCCCCCUCCCCCGGGGACUCCCCCCCUCGCCCCUCCGACUUACCCCAUGAGGUGGAGAAGGCCGGGCACCUGAACAAAACCAAGAUUGCAGAGGGUGGCCGGAAACUCAAGAAGAGCUGGGGCAUCUCCUGGGUGGUGCUGGCUGGGAACAGCCUCGUCUUCUACAAGGAUCUCAAGGGCCCGGCCCCCGCCAGCUGGAGACCCGCCAGCAGCAGGCCGGAGAGCAGCGUGGACCUGCGGGGCGCCGUGCUGGAGCGGGCGCGAGACAUGUCCAGCAAGAAGAACGUCAUUCAUCUCCGGACAGUGACUGGCAACGAGUUCCUGCUGCAGUCGGACAGCGAGGCCGAGAUCCAGGACUGGCACCAGACUAUCAAGGGCGUCAUCCGUAGGCUGGACCGGGAGAACCCCCUGGACGAGCCGGGCUAUGUGCUGCGCCGAGCGGGCAGCUCCGAGCUGGGGGACCUGAGUGGGGAUGAGGAGGACGAGGGGCUGAGGCCGAAGGACAGCUGGAAAUCCUCCGGCUCCCUCCGCAGCCCGGACAGCACCGAGAGGAAGCGGGUCAAGAGCAAACUCAGGCGCUUCAUCGUCAAACGGCCCCCGCUGCAGAGCCUGCAGGAGAAGGGGCUCAUCCGAGACCAGGUCUUCGGCUGCCGGCUGGAUGCCCUGUGCCAGCGGGAGAAGGACAUGGUGCCCCGCUUCGUUCGGCUCUGCGUGGAGGCCGUGGAGAAGAGAGGCCUGGACGCGGACGGGAUCUACCGGGUGAGCGGGAACCUGGCCGUGAUCCAGAAGCUGCGCUUUGCCGUCGACCGGGAGCGGGCAGUGACCUCGGACGGGCGCUACGUCUUCCCGGAGCAGCCGUGCCAAGAGGAGCGGCUGAGCCUGGCUGACCCCGAGUGGGACGACGUCCACGUGGUGACCGGCGCCCUCAAGCUCUUCUUCCGCGAGCUGCCCGAGCCCCUGGUGCCCUUCGCCCUCUUCGACGCCUUCGUGGGUGCCGUCAAGCUGCCGGCCUACGGCGAGCGGGUGCAGCGCCUGGCCGAGCUGGUCCAGAGCCUGCCCCCUCCCAACUACGCCACCCUGCGCUACAUCCUGGCCCACCUCCGCAAGGUGAUGGAGCAUGCCGACGCUAACCGCAUGACCCGGCAGAACAUUGGCAUCGUCUUCGGCCCCACGCUGCUGCGGCCGGAGAAGGAGCUGGCCAGCAUGGCCGUGGACAUGGUCCACCAGAACCAGGCCGUGGAGCUGCUGCUCUCCGAGUUCCAGCGCAUCUUCCCGGCCCCCGGCCCCAACUGAGCCCCCGGACGCGCCCGGGCACUGAACCCCUGCCAGGACCAGGGCCGCCGCUGGAACAGACUGGAAUCAGCACCCGCCAAGGACAAUGGCCCUGGGGCCCCGUCCCACCCCCAGGCUUCGGACAAUAGAGACCCUUGGGCCCUACUCAGGGCAGCUGCAUGGGCGCCGGUGCCCCUAGAGGGAAAAGGCCCAGUGCCCUAUUCCCCGCCCCUCUGAGCCAGCCUGUGCCCGGCGCCCUCUGCCCUGCCAGGUCUGUGUGUGCCUAGGGCACCGUCUGUCUGGACUCUCGAGCCCGGGGCCGGGCAGUAAAUGGCCGUCUGCCCAGGAA